AUGGAUUGCGAGAUCUUAUAUGAGAUCUUCAGGGCGUACUGUAAUAUCAUAGCAUGGAUUUCAUGUCAGGGCAAUAUCGGUGGCACUUAUGACUUAGGAGAGGGUCGUUGGGGCGAACGGAGAGGUGAUUUGGGACCGGCAGGUAUUGCGGGCAUAACUAUAGGCGCGGUCGCAGUGGCCGGCGCUCUGGCUGUCACCGUCUUCUUCUGCUAUUAUGUACACCAGAAGCAGAAAAGGGCCGAAACACAGGCCUAUGGAUCACAUGGAUAUCGCAAACCCGCGUUUCAAAACUACUAAUCACACAUCAAAAUGCAUUAUAUUCUAGUAUUUUUAUCGAUUUAUUUGGUGGUUGACUGACAUCAGACACACAGAAUAUACACAUACAUGCCAUCCAUAACUAACUUUAUAUAUAACCAACUAUUUUGUAAUUUGCAACCUAUAUUAUAUUAGUAUCUAAUUUGUAUUGUUAUACAGAAUAAUGGUUUACGUAAAAAAUGGUCUUUUUAUUAUAUAUUGAAAAUAUUUCAUUAGACUUAAUAAGAUAUCCAUUAUAUUGAAGUCA